CUCUCUAUCUAUCUCUCUCUCGCUCUCUCUCUUGCUCUAUCUAUCCGGUAGCCUCCACAUUCAGCAUUCAGCGCAGCGUAGUGAGAUCAGAUGGCACAAAGCGUCUGAGUUGAGCAGAGCAGGAUAGCUGCGUACUGGUGCGGGCUGCGGAUCUGUCUGUCGUCGCCAGUGAGUUAGUGAGGUCGCCUGCUGAAUCUCUGGAGGAAGUGCACCUGCAUGCCAAGAAGCGAGUGCCUAAACUGCGCACCUCGGCUCUGCGGUGUCCGUCUUGUCUGUUUACCCCGCGGCGCUCUAACACUUUUUCUUACUGCCUGUGAGGGGUGCAGAUGAAGACACACAAGAGGGAGAACUACUGAGAGAGGACCCAGACUCAUCCUCCGCACACAGAUCUGAGAUCUGACCUCUCACCCCUGACCUCUGACCCAGUGCCCCCUGCUGGUUCGGGCCACCUCUGACCCUACCGUGAUGAGCGCGUGCGGCAGGAAGGCCCUGGCAUUGCUGAGCAGCGUGUUUGCGGUGAGCGGGCUGGGGCUUCUGGGAGUUGCGGUCUCUACAGACUACUGGCUGUACCUGGAGGAGGGGGUCAUCCUGCUCCUCAACCAGACCACUGACAUCAGGACCUCCCUGCACUCUGGACUUUGGAGAGUCUGCUUCCUGGCAGGUGAAGAGGCAGGUCGCUGUUUCACCAUAGAGUACAUCAUGCCCAUGAACUUACAGCUGACCUCUGAGUCCACAGUCAGUGUACUUAAGAUGAUUCGUUCAGCCACCCCAUUUCCUCUGGUCAGUCUGUUCUUUAUGUUCAUCGGCUUUGUGCUCAUCAACAUCGGACACGUCCAACCUCAUCGCACUAUCCUGGCCUUUGUCUCUGGAAUCUUCUUCAUCCUCUCAGGUCUGGCUCUGGUGGUAGGUCUCGUGCUGUAUAUAUCCAGUAUUAAUGAUGAGAUGUUGAACAGGACUAAGAGCAGUGAGUCCUACUUCAGCUACCGGUACGGCUGGUCCUUCGCCUUCGCUGCCAUCUCCUUUCUGCUCACUGAGAGUGCGGGUGUCAUGUCCGUCUACCUGUUCAUGAAGCGCUACACUGCCGAGGAAAUGUACCAGCGCCACCACCCCGGCUUCUACCGGCCACGCCUCAGUAACUGCUCUGACCACUCCGGUCAGUUCUUGCACCCGGAGACCUGGGCACGUGGACGCAGCCCCUCGGACAUCUCCAGUGAAACCUCGCUCCAGAUGAGCGCCAGCUACCCGGCCCUGCUCAAGUGCCCCGACUACGACCAGGUCUCCUCCUCGCCCUGCUGAAGAGGUCAUCAGGUCAGGGCAGGUCGCCAGAGGUCAAGGGUGAGAGGUCAUAGGUGAUGUUGCUUUUAGAUACUGAUCGAAGGUCAGCUUUAUUUUUUCUUUGUUAAGUUAUUAUUUAAUUUUUUUCAGGAGUAUUCACUUCUCACAUAUUUUUUAUUAUAUCAGGAUACUGCCACUGCUUAAUUAACUUGAUGAGGACCAAACUAACAUUUACACAAAUGUUUGAAUGGGAACAAAACAUGUCACUAUGUUAAAGUGGCAAUCAGCGGUUGCCCUGUUUCAGUAAAAAGCUGAGGGAUGGGGCUGGAGAAAUGGAACCACUCUCAAAUUCAUAGACAGAACUAUGGAUG